AUGAAGCGCCAAUACGACGGCGGAGACGACUUCGACCCGUCCAAGCGCCAGCGCAGCUCGCAGCCGGCAUCGCGGGUUGUGUUCGUGUGCGGACUACCCGCCGACUGCCUGGAGAGUGAACUACUCGCGCUCUGCUGUCCGUUUGCAGUAGUGGAGAAGAGUCUCAUGAUCCCGCAAAAGCGCCAAGCAUUCGUGCAACUUCCCGACGUGACCUCGGCUGUCAACCUCGUCACCUUUUACCAGACCCGUGACGCGCUUAUCCGUGGCAAAAAGAUCUUCUUCGAGUUCAGCAACCGCAAUGAGAUCACUGUACGCUCGGACAAUGACGCUUCUUCCUACCAGCAGCAGCCGCCGCCGCAAAGAGCUACUGCAUACCAACAGCCUCCACCAAUGCAGUAUGCACCCCGCCAAGAUAUGCCCCCAUUCCGUGCAGACGGCGGAGCUCAACCUGGUUUGCUGCCUCAAGAGGGAGGUCGCCGUGGCGUUGGUCCGCCGAAUCAAAUCCUGAUGGUGUCUGUGUCCAAGAUCGAGUACGAUGUCACAGUGGACGUCCUGCAACAGGUUUUCCAGAAGUUUGGCAAUGUUGAGAAGAUCGUCACGUUUUGGAAGGACAACGAGUUCAAGGCACUCGUACAGAUGGAGUCGGUCGAUCAAGCCCAAGCAGCGCAAUCAGCACUUGAUGGACGUGACAUCUACACGGGUUGUAACCAGCUCAGCAUUGUGUUUUCGCGCCACCCGGAGCUCCGUGUGCGCUACAACGACGAUCGAUCGCGUGAUUACACCAACCCCAAUUUGCCCCCAGGUCCUGGUCGUGGUGGUGAAGAUCUUGGCGAAAGCAACCCGGUCAACCCCGCUCCUUCCGAUCGACGAGAGGUGCCAAGAGAUGACGGAUACAAUAACCCACCUCCACGCCGCGAUGAUUACGGUGGGCCUACCGAUGCUCCAAACGCUCGUCGAGACGACAGAUACGUCCCGGAUAUGCGUGACAACCGCGGACCUCCAUCGCGCUAUGAUGAGAGACCUCCGAGCACCGAUAGAUCUCGUGAGCUCCGCGGUGGACGCGAACUGCCGCCCCAUUCAACUGGCCGAGCUAUACGAGGCGACACUCGUCCGUCCCCUGCCUUGAUUUGCAGCAACAUUGACCGCGAACUGGUGAACCCGCAUCGCCUAUUUACACUCUUUGGCUGCUUUGGCGACGUCCUUCGUAUCAAGAUCAUGUUUCGAAAGCGCGAUACCGCGCUGAUCCAGUUCGUGGAUGAUGUUCAUUCUACCUCGGCAUUGGAUCACUUGGAUGGUGUCUACGUUUUCGGCAAAAAGCUACGCGUGGACUAUUCAAAGCAUACGAGUGUGUCGAUGCCGCACGCGGAUGCCGACCGCUUUGAGAUCGAGAACACGCUCGACUUCUCGGGCUCUCCACUUCACCGAUAUCGUCGCCGCAACCCACAAGAAGCCGUUUCUCCCUGCCCCCUGCUCCACAUCUCUGGCAUUCCGAUGGAGCUGCAGCGCAACCAGAACGCACUCGUGGAUCUCUUUGCGCAAUACGGCUUCGUCAAGAACUUCCACUACUUGCAGAACAACCACAAGAUGGCUCUGAUUGAGAUGGGCUCGAUGGACGAGGCGAUCAUGGCGCUCCUCCAGCUCGACAAUAUGGCGUACCCGGACUCGCACAUGCGCAUAUCCUUUUCCAAAGCGUACUCGUUGUCCGCUGGCGCUGCCCCUGGUCCUGCUCCUGGUCCUAUGCCUGGCCCUGGAGCGAAUUCAGGUGGAUGGAAUCCACCGAUGCAAUCUCGCUCCAGGGAUCGAAGCCGUGAUCGCAGCCGCAACCGCGAGAGAGCCCCCCCUCCUGGAGGCGAUCGUGACCGAUCGUUCCGGGACCGAGGCCCACCACCGCAGCGAGGACGCGACUACCAGCCGCGAGACAACUCGCGUCGCCCUCCGCCACGCUAUUGAUCGCGCAUGCCUUUCAGCACUUGAAAGGAUCUUGCACUUGCAAGAUGCUUGUGCCGCUUUCACGCCUUCACUCCCCGCUGCAUCUCUCUUCAAUGAGCUUGGCUGCUCUAAGACUUACAACUGCGGUAGCUGUCUACAUUUCUGGCUGGUUUCUUUGCCCUGGUUGACAACAAGGAUGCUGCCCUCAGCACGGUUUUGCUCUGCAUUAUGUCAUGCUAAAGUUUCCAGCACGUGAUAAUAGACGUUCAAAACG